AUCCCAGUUUCUUGUUUGAUGAGAAAAGCGCUUUUGCGUUCCAGGAGUUGUGUUGCACUCUACAAAGCUGUGCGUAUUACUGAACUGGACUCAACUUUACACCUACAUCUACACCUGUAAGCUUUAUUCAGCUACAGAGACUUAGAGACAACCAUGAAGAGUUUAAAGUACCGCUUGAAAAGGCACGAAGUCACCAUCACAAACACCGACUGGAAUAAGUAUGAUGACAGGCUGAUGAAGGCAGUAGAAAAAGGAGAGGUGGACAAGGUGACAGCCGUCCUCAGUAAGAAAGGCAUCAUCCCCACCAAACUAGACGUAGAGGGCCGCUCUGCUUUCCAUCUUGCUGCCUCCAGAGGACAUUUGGAUUGCCUUAGUGUCAUCCUUCUCCAUGGUGUUGAUGUCACAGCCAAUGAUGCCACAGGAAAAAAUGCUUUACACUUAGCAGCCCGGAAUGGACAUUCGUUGUGUGUGCAGAAGCUUCUACAGCAUAACUGCCCUGCUGGAAAUGUGGACCUGCAGGGAAAAACAGCUCUGCAUGAUGCUGUCAUGGCCGGCUGUUCGUCCAGUGUUAAGUUGUUGUGUGACAGUGGGGCUUCGGUCAACGCUAGUGACUUUGAUGGAAGAACUCCAUUGGUUCUGGCCACUCAGAUGUGUCAUCCACGUAUCUGUCAGCUCCUGCUGGAUCGAGGGGCUGACAUCCGAGUGCGUGACAAGCAGAACAAAACCGCCUUGAUCCUGGGCUGUGAAUUUGCCUGUAAAGAUGCUGUAGAGGUUUUGUUGAAGAGCGGAGCUGAUGUCACUGCCGUCGACAGCUUCGGCCAUGACAGCUAUCACUAUGCCCGACUCAGCAAAAACCAGGAGCUCAUCAACCUGAUCAAGAGCUAUCUGGAUAACGUGAAAGCCAAAGAAGCCAGCAAAGUGGAGCUGAAGAAGAGACAGGAUCUUGAGAAGCAGAAUGAAAGCCAACAGGAGACACUGAAGAAGUAUCAUCAGGAACAGAGGGCUCUACUGGACAAAGUCAAUAUUCUGCAACAUCAGCUCAGUCAGGAGAAGUCUGUGGUGGAGGACUUUCACAAAGAGAGGGAGCAUCUGAAGCGCAUGCUGUCUGCCAGAGAGAAAGAGACCACAGCUCCUGAGACUGUGAAGGUUCAGCACCGGAGCCAUCUGGGAGAUUACUUGGGCCAGUCUGUGAUUAAAGGGAAAGAAACUGUUCUUGUCAGACAAGGUCAAAGUCUAGAUUCAGCUCAGGUUUUGCAGCCUUCUGUUCCAUCACGUUCCAUAUCCCGGCCCUUAGAGCUCUCUCACCCAGUGAUCUCAACCCCUAACGAGGUGGAGACGUUACGUCAGGAGCUAAAGUCCACACGUAAGCAGCAGGAGGCUGCACAGGAAGAAGUAGAACGCCUCCAGGCAGCACUCACACGAAAGUCCAAGGAGUGCGAAGAGCUUGUUCAGAGUCGUGACUCCACAAAAAGAGAAGCAGAUCGGCAGAUUCAGGAACUAGAGGGGGCAUUGGGAGACGUCCAGAAGAGGAUGCUGGACUCUGAAUCUAAGGUCAAGCAGCUACAGCAACAUGUGAUAACAGUAAAGGAGCAUCUCGGCAACCAAAUGUUAGAUGACCUCAAAGCUCAGCUGAGUGAGGUCAAGGUUAAAUAUGAAGGUGCUUCAGCUGAGGUCGGUCGGGUCAGGAAUCAUUUGAAGCAGAGCGAGAAAGCUCUAGAGGAGUAUAAAAAGAGUGAAAGUGUAUUGGCUGAAGAGGUCGAGAAGCUGACAGGUGAGCUGAAUGCAUCACGAGAAGAGUGUGAUGAGCGUGCUGCGACCCUUCUAAAAAUGGAGACUCGUGUUAAAGAAGCAGAGAAACGUCUGGCCAUCAUGGUGCCAGGAGAGAAGUUCGACAACAUGAAGAACCUUCUGACUAAUGCGGUGGACGAAAAGGAGAGGCAGCUGGUGGAGCUGCGGGAGGACUACGAUCGUGUUCUGGAAGAGGUGUCUGAACUCCACAGGGAGGUGGACCACAGGGACACUGUCCCACUUCAGGAACACGAGAGACUCAGGGUGGCUCUGGAGGAACAGAGUGAUAUCCUGAAGAAAAAGCUGGCAGACGUCACUUCUAAAUGUCAGUCCCUAAUCUGUGAGGUCGAGGAUGGUGAAGAUGAGAAGGAGCUGCUUCGAGAAGAGCUGCAGGAACUCAGCAAAAAUAUCAAGACACAGUUUGUUCCCGUUGAGACCCAUGAGGAAUUGAAGAAGACGUUGAGUCUUGCUUUGGAGGAGCUUAAGGACCAGCUCGAUGAGGCAACCGGUAGAAGAAAUCAUGCUGAGGAUCAGCUGAGAAGGCUCCAAGAAGAGAAAUCCUCUCUGACUGAAAACAUCAGCAUCCUCAAGAGCACACACAUACCCAACGAAAGGUACGAAAGUGAGAUGGCUGCACUUUUGGCCCAAAAAGCAGGGAUGGAAAAGGAUCUAGAGAAUCUCCAAAAGAAGUCCAAAGAUAAAGAGAAGGAGCUUGAGGUUGUGGUUGCCGAGAACAUUGCUCUGAAACAGAGCUUGGAGGGACAGUUUGUUAAAAGGGAAGUGUAUGAGAGAGUGCAGAAAGAGUUACAAGAAGCUUUGGAGAACGCAAAGACAGAAAUUCACAAAUUGGAGGAAGAUAGAAAAGUUAAAGAAGACGAGUUGAAGAAGGUGAAAGAGGGAAGUGUUACGUUAAAAGAAAAUUUGCAGGAGAAAUUGGAAAAGGAUUAUAUUAGCAUUGUUGACCAUGAGGCAAUGAAAAGCCAGUUAAACAGGGCUUUAGCUGAAGCAGAAAGUAGUGCUAAAGAGGCCUUCUCCAAAUACAAGGAUAUUCAGGAAAGUACUUUAAAACUUCACAAAGAAAUUGAAGACCAGAAGAAAGAGCUGGACACUAUUCAUGAAGCCAUUCAAUCGAAAUUUGUGCCAGCGAGUACCCUGGAGGAAAAAGAAAAGGCCUUCAAUACCACUGUGAAGGAUCUAAGAGAGCAAUUAGCAAAAAUGGAAGAGAAAUACAAAAGUGCAAAGAGUAAUGUGGACCAUGAGAGACGUGACAAAGAAACGGUGAAAUUAGAGAUGGAGACCGUGCAGCGGAAACUGGAGGCUAACUUGGUGUCUAGUGAAAAAUGCAGAGAAAUAGAAGAAGGCUAUAAAGGCCAGAUGGAGAACUUGACUCUAAAGUUAGUGGAACUGGAACAGCAGUAUAUGGAGGUAACUGUUCAGAGAGCUGAACUGGAGGAGCAGAACUCGCUCUGCAAUGCUGAAAUGAAGAAUCUUCAACAGAGUCUAGAAAACGAAUAUGUUCACCUGGAGCAGUUUGAAUCCAUGAGAAACUCCCUGACCUGCAGUUUGCAGGAGGCACAGACUGAGUGCAAGGUCCUCACAGAGACCUACAAUUUGGAGGUCCAGCGCAUUCACAAACUGGAAAAAGAGCUACAGAGCCACAUUACUGAUGCUGACUUACUGAAUCAACACAGCCAUGCCAAAGAGAACCUGGAAAGAGAAGUGGUCAAGCUCCGUAUGGCCCUGAGGCAAGAAGAGGAGAUUAGUUCCCAGAGGGCUGAGGACGUAGCUACUCUUCAGACAGAGCUCCUCAGAGCAACGCAUGCCUUGGAUGAACUUCGCAGCCAUGAAGGUCAGCUGGUCGAGCUCAAAGCUGAGAAGCAGAGGCUAGAGGAAGAGGUAGGGGAGCUCAGUGAUCGACUCUUGGGUCUAGAAGAGCAGUGCGAUGAACUAUACCAGGAAGCAGCAAAGGCCAAAGAAGCCGAAAAUAGAGCAAAGAUGGAGACUGAAGCCCUGCAGACCAAGAGCACCUCAAUUGAGAAAGAGAUCCAAGAUCUCAAAGAGAGAUACGAUGACUCACUGAGCACCAUCGGAGACCUCCAGAAAAGGAUUCAGGCGUCCUCAGAGCAGACCGAGGCCAAAGACAAAAGGAUCUCAGAGCUGUUGGCAGAUGUGGAGAGGUUGAAACAGGCUCUCAAUGGUUUAUCCCAGCUGGCUUACACUGGCAACACUCCCAACAAGAGACACGCUCAACACAUUGACACACUCCAGGCACAGGUCAAGAGCCUCCAGCAGCAGCUGGCUGAUGCUGAGAGGCAACAUAGAGAGGUGGUAUCAAUUUAUCGAACUCAUCUUCUCAGUGCUGCACAGGGUCACAUGGAUGAAGAUGUUCAGGCAGCGUUGCUGCAGAUUAUCCGAAUGAGGCAGCAGUUUGUGUGUUAAACCCGGCAUUGAGACGUUUUCUGACUCAAAUCCACUGUAUCCACUGAAGGUGUGCAGUUAGACAACAGGAUCAGCCAAAAAGCCGAAAAAGAUAUUAGAAACGUCCCAAAUCACAGAUCAGCAUAAGCAGCAGAUGCCUUUUAAGUUACUAAUCUCGUUUCCUUUGUCAUUCGGUUAGGUUUUUUUUUUUUUAUUUUUAACCUAUUUAUUUUCCUUGAAAAUCUGCAGUGUACCUAUAAAUUAUACCCCUAAAAGCUCAUCAAAGGUACAUCAGUGAUCCUUAACAAGCUUAUAAUUGAAUGCAUUUUAAAGCUGUGAUCAAUUCACUUUUCUUAGAUGUAGAAGUAGACGAUUUGGAAUGAAGAGAAUAAUCUGUAUGAGAGAUGUCGAGGAAGAAUAAUCGAGUGGUUUGAUAUUUCGUGUUGGAAGUGUGUUUUGGAAACAACCCUAACCCCCUCCUCCUCCUCCUCCUCCUCCUCCUCCGCCGCCGAAGCUGCAGUGCAUUGUGGGAUUUCCUUUUCUACACUAAGCAUUCAGAUUUAAUAAAACUAUCAAUUUUUCUUCUGUACACAUAAAGAGGAAAGCUACAAUUUUAGUUAUCUACAGAUAAAACAGGUCAGGGAGCAGGACUCCGGCACUUUAUUUUUUCAACCUUUUUUUUUUUUUAUAUAUAUAUAUGUAAGUUUAUAGUAUUAAGCUUGAUCAUGUUUCGCUCACUGAUGAAGUGGAAGCCAGUUGUGCAGUCAUGGAUUUGAGUUAGUGGACGUUAAUGUGCUAGCUGACACAAGACGCAGCCUGGAGGUGAUGCCUGGAUGAUGAUGCCCUCUUGUGGUGUGACUUGGCUGGCCAAGUUUGAUGACAUAAAUAGUUCUUUGUGGUUCGAUUUAUUGUAUCGCUGCAGAUGUGAUGCAUUUGUGAUAUUUUUUUUUUUUUCUUGGUGCUUCCAAAAUCUGAUAUUUUUAUCAGGGCUUUGUACUACUUUUGAUUAAUGGUCACCAUGUUUAUGGUAAUACUAUUCAGCAGGACUGGAGUAGAAUGACACUAUACCUAUUCUAGGUACUUUUUCAUUUUAUUAAUGUCUAUUUUUUCCCCCGAAUCAGAAAUAGGACAUCGCAUUUUAGAAGCCACUAGCUGACCUUUAGCUUUAGCACUGACGUUAGCAAGAAAUUAUGACAGCAAGUUUUAUCAGCACAUAUUGACUGUGCUCUUAUGUUUAAUAACUGCGCUGAUGAUAAUUUAUUGCAUUAAAAAAUGGCUACUGAUUUUUACUAACUUAUAUGAACCGAGGUUUUUAGUUAUAUUGUGUAGAUUGUGCCAAAUCUUACAAGAGGAGACUAAUCAUUUACGUUCUGCUAUUUGAUCUUGAAGUAGUUUGCAUUAUAUUUUACACACACACAUAUAUAUAUAUAUAUAUUUUUUUUUUUUUGCUUUUUUGUUUUGUUUUAAACAAUA